AUCAGUGGUGGUCAGCGGUUGGCGUCGUAUACGAUAGUAUAGUGUGGUCAAGUGUGGUUGAAUUGAGUGUGGUACGGUGCCGGUGACGGGUUAGUGUUGGUUAAAGUCGACGGUGAGACGUCGCCAGAAUGGGUCCCGUAUUUUAUGUUAUCUACGUCGCAUUGUUGUCCACGUACGCGAGCGCGAGCACAGACACGAAUACGCGACGGACGAAGGGCAGCCUGGUGGAACAACUGAACGAAGAUAAUUGGAAUCUUAUGCUUACUGGAGAGUGGAUGAUUGAGUUUUAUGCACCAUGGUGUCCAGCUUGUAAAGCACUUGAACCAGUCUGGGAGGAUCUUGCAUCAUCCAAAAAGGAUUUAAAUAUCAAUGUUGGAAAGAUAGACGUAACAGAUUCUCCAGGUCUUAGUGGCAGAUUUUUGGUUACAGCUUUGCCUACCAUAUAUCAUGUAAACAAUGGGAUAUUUAGGCAGUAUAAGAGACCAAGAGAUAUAUCAUCAUUGAUCGAAUUUGUAUCUGAAAAAACAUGGACGAAAGUGGAUCCAAUAUCUAGUUGGAAAAAUCCAACUUCAUUCCACAUGUCAUUUUUAAGUCAAUUUUUUAAGUUAUCCCAAAUGUUACGUAAUAUCCACAAUCAACUUUUGGAAGAUGUUGGACUACCUGUGUGGGGUAGUUACUUGAUUUUUGCUGCUGCAACAGUUGUUUUAGGCACAAUAUUAGGACUGCUUGUUGUGUGUUUGAUUGACUUCUUUUUCCCACAAAAACCGGCACAGCAACAAGGCAAGAAGAAACAAACUGGUGCAACAGACAGUGCUAUUCAAGAGAAAAAUUCAGACGAGGAUGAAAUUGCAGAAAACAUUGGGGAUGAUUUAAUAGAUGAAGAAGAAUCUGAAACAGAGGAGCCUGAAACGAAAGAAUCUGAAGCAAAGGAAUCUGAGAUGAAUGAAGUAGAAACGAGUGAGAAAGAUAAAGACAGUAAAGCUGAUACCAGUAGUCCUAAUAUUCGCAAGCGUAAGCCACGCAAGGCUGACUAGAGAUAUUAAUUCGUUUGAUGUAAAUAUUCAGCAAACAUAAAUUAAUUGUGACUAGCCCUUGGUGGUAUUCUCCCAAAGUCAUUCCUGUGCAUUGAAAUGCGUCAAUGCAACAUACUAUUGUUAUUUCACAUCUCAAAAUAUGGAUAAGUGAUAUAGAUUAUCCAAGGGAACGAUUCAUAGAUGUUUGCCGUCUCUUGUAUGUUUAAAAAUUCCAGUGAAUGAAAAUUUCAAAAUAUCAUUGCCUAUAAAAAUUUUCUUAUCUAUAAUACAUUUUGGAAAUGCAAAUGUAUACUUCAGAUAUUAUUCAGUAAAAUUUUAGGAUCUUGCAAGUGUUCCUGCUGUCAAAUGUUCUCAGGGCUUAAUAGUUUCGUUGAAGCAAUGAGAAUAUAUAAAUAUGUUGGAAGGACCUUUUCAAGAUCAUGACAAAUGCGUUUCAGAUAUUUUAACAAGUUUAUUAUACAGUAGUUGAAAAUUUUUGAAAUGGCAAAAAAUGUUUGAUCAUGAUAUAUUUACUUUUUGCAUACAUUUUCUAUAAAACGUUUGAGACUGCAGA